AUGCCUGAAAAUUACUUUAAAGAACAAUGGAGAUCACUCUUCAAUCUUCGAUUCUAUUUCAAAGUCCAUGAGGAUUAUGCCAAGAGAUAUUUGAUGCAAUCCAUUAACAGAAAAUGGAGAGAGCAUAGGAUUAAGCUUUGGGAUGAAUUUAAUGAUCCGGCUUUAAGCAAAACUGAAAUUAUCAACAACGUUCCAGAAGGUGUUAGUUUGGACCAUUGGGCAUUAUUUGUUGAAUAUCGCUUCAAACCUGAGACACAGGAACAAUGUAAAAGGAACAAGGAAAAUAAGGCAAAGCAAUUGAUUCCACAUACUUGUGGUGCCAAGAGUGUAGCAAGGAGAAGGCACGAAUUGCAAUUGGAGACCGGUAAAAGUGUUGGUCGGGGCCCAAUGUGGAAUUUGAUUCACAAGAGAAAAGAUGGGAGAUAUGUGAAUGACAAAGCAAAGGAGAUAGGGGAAAAAAUUGAUAAUGAUUUGAGCCAAAAUGUAGAAGCUUAUGCUGAGAUUUCUCCCAAUGAUCCUGUUGGUAAGUAUCAUGGACCAGAGCAUUCCGGUCGUGUUCGAGGACUAGGCUUAGGAGCGGUUCCUACUGUUGCAUUUAAGCAUACAACCACACGACUUAGUGGUAUGAACUUCGGUUCCUCCGGUGCUGGUUCUUCACCCACAUAUUUAGAGAAAAAGGUGGAAAAUCUUCAGUCUCAAAUGCAAGCACUAAUGGCUUUUGUUUGUUCAAAUCAAGGAGGAAAUGUCCCCCAAGAAUUAUCUGCCUUCUUUACAAAUUCAACACAACAGGCACCAGAUGGAGAUGGAGGUAGUGGGUUGCCAAAUGGAAGCAACCCAAAUUCCAAUUUAGAGGAUGCUUAG